AGCCGGCAUUGUUGGAUGUUGUGCUGCACGAGAGACAUUUUUGAACUAUUUUCCAAAACAAAUUCUCGAUUUGAAUUGACCAGGCCAUUUUUUUAGUCAUUCCCAAAAUGUCAAACGCCGAUCAAACAGUUCAGGAUGCUAAUUUAGUCGCCGAACGAUUGAAUCUCGACGAGAACACAGUYCGCCAAGUUAUUCAGCUCCUUGAUGACGAUAAUACAGUACCAUUCAUAGCUCGCUAUCGUAAAACACAAACGAAAGGACUUGAUCCAACAGUUCUCAGACAAAUUGAGGCYUUACACAACCAGUACAGAGAAGUAAAAGUAAAAGUUGAAAAUACAAAAAAGAAAAUAGGAGACAGUCUUACAAAAGAUGUAGUAGUUYUGCUGGACAAAGCUGAGACUUCAGAGGAAGUUGAUGAUAUUUAUGCACCAUUUAAAAAAGGCAGUAAGAAAACUUUGUCAGCAAGAGCAAAAGAGCUUGGUCUUGAACCAAUUGCAGAGAAAGUACUCAAUAGCUCCAAUGAAAGCCUGGAUUUUGGAAGAUAUGUGAAUCCAGCCAAGGAAGGAGUCAAAAAUAUCAAGCAAGUUACACUUGGAAUACAACAUAUCCUGGCUGAAGCUGUUUCUAAAAAUCCAGCAAGUCAUGAGAAGCUGAAAGAACUGACUGAAAGAUGGCCUCCAGAAUUAACGUCAACUUUGAGUUCCAAGGCAGCAAAAGAUGAAAAGUUAACCAAUGACAGCAUGAAGUACAAAAACUACCAUAACUUCAGCAGGAAUAUAAAAUUCCUAAAAUCUCACCAGAUCUUGGCCAUUAAUCGUGCAGAAGGGUUAAAGCUUUUAACAGUGAAAAUAACAUUAAAUUCCAAUGUGAAAAAUCAGUUUUUAGCAUUUGCACAGAUCAAGUGGAAUUCACAGCAAGCAAAUAAUCAUCAGCUAAUAAGAGAUUCAAUCAAUGAUGCAUUUGACAGACUGUUGUCACCAGCUAUUUGCCGUCGUGCAAGGUCUUCCUUAAAGAAAAGAGCAGAAAUAGAGAGUAAAAAGGUGUUUACUCAGAAUUUGUACAGCUUACUUCUAUCUACACCGGUCAAGGGGAAAACUGUACUUGCAUUGGAUCCUGGGUAUACUAAUGGUUGUAAGAUGGCAUUGCUUAGUCCUACAGGUACUGUACUGGAGACGGGACUCAUGUUUCCUACUGGAAGAAAGGCAAAUAUUAAAAAUGCACRGUCAGAAGUGUUAUCACUUGUUCGAAGACACAGUUGUGAAACCAUCGCGAUAGGGAAUGGUGUUGCAUGCCGGGAAACGGAAAUGUUCAUAGCCAAGAUGAUCAAAGAAGAAGCGUUUUCACCUCUAGAAGUUGUGUAUUGCAUCGUCAGUGAAGAUGGCGCAUCGGUUUACAGUGCGUCCAAGGAAGCCAUUGCUGAGUUACCAGACAUUGACCUUAGUAUGCGCGGGGCUGUAUCAAUUGGGAGAAGACUACAAGAUCCCCUCCUCGAGCUCGUCAAGAUUGAGCCUAAGCAUUUAGGAAUUGGGAUGUACCAGCACGAUAUUCCUGAGAGCAUGCUACGUACGGCACUGCAAGGUGUCUUUACUGAUUGCGUUAGUUUAGUUGGUGUGGAUGUUAAUGCUGCUGGUGUAAGCACUCUCAAGCACAUUGCAGGUUUAAACGAGAAAAAAGCUGCCAGCAUUUUGGAAUGGCGAACCAAGAACAAGCGAUUUGAAAACCGAAAACAGUUGGCCUAUGUGAAGGGAAUUGGAAAAAAGUCUUAUGAACAGUGUAGCGGUUUUCUAAAAAUUCUUCCUGAUUGUUCCCGAAACGUGGAUUCAGAAGUCGUCAAAUCAGAGGAAUAUUUUCUUAUGGCGAAUAAUGAUGAUGAUGAUGAUUUCGAUGCUAGUAAAAGAUCUAAGCGAAAGCGACCUCAAAAGAAGAGUGUCUCAAAGCGGUCAAAACCAUCGUGCACUUCGUCUGGCUAUAACUAUCUAGACGCGACGCUGAUUCAUCCAGAAUCUUAUGAAUUUGCAGAAAAACUUAUGAAAAACCUGUCAGUAAGUGCACGAGAUAUUGGUACAACAAAGAUGAUAGCAGCCAUCGAAGGACUAAUGGUCAAGGAAAGUGUCUAUAAUCUAGCCAGUGAGUAUGGUGUGGAUGUCUCUACUGUUGAACUGGUGAUUGAUGGACUUAAAAAGCCGAUAGACUAUGACAUUCGCUCAAGUUUUGAGAAGCCAGUUUUCAAGAAAGGCCUGAUGCUAUUUGAAGACUUACAGCCAGGGAUGCCAUUAUCAGGACGCGUGACAAAUGUCACGACAUUUGGCGCGUUUGUGGAUUGUGGAGUGGGGCGUGACGGUUUGAUUUAUGAAUCACAACUCAAAAAUCGUGACGAUCCUUUAUCUGCUGGCGAUGUUGUAGAAGUGACAGUGAACAGUGUUGAUAAUAACAAAGGACAAUUUCAACUUAGACUCGUUUCCGUAAGACCAAGAUUGAAGGCUCAAUUGCUAACGACUAGUUGAUUGGAUGCGUCAAUCUAAUACGGCGUCAUUUGCACUUUUUCAACUGAGGUUUGUUUCCGUAAGACCAAGAUUGAAGCCUCCAACUUGCUUACGAACAGUGGAUUAGAUGCGUCAAUUUAAUCCGUAAUCGAUUGCGUAUCGUCGUUGCGUUAUACGUAAAGGGCAAUUUCAACUCAGGCUUGAUUCCGUACGGUCUAGAUUGAAGCCAACAAGAUAGAUAGUGCAUAUUGUUUUUCUCUCGUUCCGUAAUGAGUUGCGUAUCAUCGUUGCGUAAACGCAUCCAAACGUUUGCAUCGUUCUAUUUUAUUGUACUCUUUACCAGAUAAUUGUUGGUUGUGCAUUUUUAAAUGAACUCACUCUAUUCAUAGAUUAUGGUUAAAAUUAUAUGCUUACGUAAAAAUUUACUCUAAACAUAUACAGUGCCACCUUAAGAAAAUAUUGCAAAAGGCACAUUAAACAAAUAUUAAAAUU